AUGAAUUGGAAGAUAUGGGAUGUGGUGGUUGAUUUCUUCGAGGACACGAAAGCUGUUUCCGAGUGGCUUUACGAGGUCACGGCAGAAGUUGAGAAUGAGUGCCCCUUUGCCGCAUCAUUUAUAGACUCGGCGGGGAAAAAGAUAUCAGGAACUGGCGAAGGUCUGGUGUGGACGAUGAUUCUAUUCGAGGGCGAGGAUUGGCCGCUAAAUAGGACCAUGUUGUGGAACUUCAAGACAAAGGGAGAAAGGUUUGAGGUAGUUAGCAGAAUUAAGCCGACCCCACCGAAAGACCCCGAUGCAUUGAAGCUUGCAAGUGUGUUUGUCGAUCAUGCGAUCACGGAGGCACGGUUUGAACAGGGGAUUGAGUAUCUGAGUGAGAUGGAGCUCCUGGAGCAAGGAAAGGGUAGCACAAUGCAAUUUGUCAGGUGGAUAGAGAACGACGUGAUUGAGGAGGAGUGGGAGAAAAUGGUGGAGAUCGGAGCUGAAGAGAAGAAAGUGAGGGGUGUGAUUGGGACCCGGGCGCGGGAAUGGUUCUUUCGAUAUCUAGAUGAAGCCCAGGUGCGUGGAAGCGGGAGCGGCUAUGCAACCGGGAAAGUUGGUAGCGACGAGACGAGGAUACCGGCAGCUGAUUAG